AUGGCAGAUGAAGUUUUGUUUGAGCUUCUACAUUAUGAAAUCGUAUCCCAUAUCUGCAAUUCAAGCAACGAAGAAGACAAGGCUUCCUCAAUUAGCAAAUUAGAAGCACUAGGGUACAGAAUAGGCCUAAGUCUCGUUGAAAGACUAACAAAGGACAACCCUAGAUUCAAAGAUGACCUUGACACAAUGAAGUUUAUCUGCAAAGAUUUCUGGAUGACUCUUUACAAGAAACAGAUAGAUAAUCUAAGAACAAAUCACCAGGGUGUAUAUGUGUUACAAGACAACAGGUUUAAACUCCUCACCCUUAUCUCCCAGGGGAAACAGUACAUGGACAUGGCACCAAGGUAUCUCGCCAUGCCUUGUGGGUUGAUUAGAGGUGCAUUGUCUGGACUCGGUAUAGUCUCCGUAGUAACAGCAGAAGUCAGUGCUAUGCCUGCAUGUAAGUUCCAGAUACAAAUCCAAAGGCUGUGACAUCUUUCAUAAAUAUUGACAAUUGAAUGACAUUAGACAUUGGGUAUGGUGGCAUUGCUUCUUCAGCCUUAAUGCUCCCUCCCUUGGAUACAAACAUUGGAUUAUGUGCAAUACUAUUUGAAGUUAAACACAGGAAAUGUUUAUGAUACUGAAGAUAUAAAAGUUCAUCAUGUAAUAUGACUUCUUCAAUUACAUGUUUCCAGUAACAAAUAUUUCUUCUCUAAAACCUCUCAAUAAUAUUUGCUGUUAACUAUUUUUGUAAAUAUAAAUAAUUUGUAUAUAGAACUGACACACAGUAUUUAUGUAAAGUACAUUAGUUACAACUGACAGGAACUUGCAUUAUAAGAUUUAAGUUAUCCCAAUAAAUGAAUUUUAGUAUGGAUAAAUUGAAGCUCAAAUAGUUUUAUAACUCAAACGCUAGUAGUCCAAUUUUCUUUAUAUAUAUAAUACGUUGUAUAAUGGUAAUUUUUUUCAAAAUGGAAAAAUAUAACUGUAUAAAGCUUUGGUAACAUAAAGGUAAAACAUAUAAAAUUCUUUCAAAAUAUGGCUUUGGUGUACUCAAAUCAAGGUAUCCUAUGGUAGAUAUCAAAUAUUGUAUUUGGUGUCUGAUCUGUGUCUCGGAAAAUCCAAAAAGGCCAUCUAAAGGCUUGAAUUUGUCAAC